AUGGAAUCCGUGGAUCUUGUGGUGGUAGGCGCAGGUUGGAGCGGGCUCUCCGCCGUCAAGACAUACCGCGAGGUUAAUCCCGGCCAUAAUGUGCUCUUGCUGGAAGCUGCUAGCUCUAUUGGCGGAGUAUGGGCUAAACACCGUUUGUACAAAGGCCUCAAGUCGAACAAUAUGCUGGGCACCUAUGAGUAUAGCGACUUCCCAAUGGACGAGGCGACUUUUGGAAUCAAGCCUGGACAACACAUUCCAGGUCAUGUAAUUCAAAAAUACAUGGAAGCAUAUGUACAACACUUCAACUUUGCCGAUUGCAUUCGACUGGAACACCAUGUGGAAAGCGCGCGACACAAUUCGGACGGAACAUGGCAGUUGAGCGUGUUGCACGGAGCGGAUACGACAACAAUCAAUACCAAGAAGAUGAUCGUGGCCACCGGCAUCACAUCACAGGCAUACUUGCCUACAUUCCAAGGCCAGGAGUCUUUCAGUGCGCCGCUUUUCCACUGCCGCGAUCUGCUGCAGUAUCAAGAUGCAGUACUGCAACCCGGAGAGCGCGCAACCGUUUUUGGCGGGACCAAGUCGGCCUGGGAUGCGGCUUAUGCCUGCGCAACGGCAGGUAUGAAAGUAGACUGGAUCAUUCGCGAGUCCGGUCAUGGACCUAUUUGGAUGGCGCCUCCUUACGUCACGCCCUUGAAAAAAUGGCUGGAAAAGCUGGUCACUACGCGCCUGCUGACCUGGUUCAGUCCAUGUAUCUGGGGAGAAGCCGACGGGUAUACUGGUGUUCGCAGUUUCCUGCAUGGUACUUGGCUGGGUCGUAAGAUCGUGGACGCGUUCUGGGCUAUUCUGGCCGAUGAUGUCGUGCAGUUGAACGGCUACGACAAGCACCCGGAGAUGAAGAAGCUGAAGCCUUGGGUGGGCCCAUUCUGGAUCGCUUCCUCUCUCAGCAUUCUGAACUAUCCGACCAAUUUCUUUGAUCUGAUCAAGGAUGGCACCAUCAAGGUACACGUCGCUGAUCUUGACCGUCUCUCGACCACACUGUUCAUCUGCUGGCGCUGCACUCCAAACCUCAAGUUCCUGCCGGAAGGAAUUGACCGCGACUUGGGAUUCCCUUGGAGUGCGGAUCCACUGAACGACAACCUGGUGAAAGCGGCGGAUGAAGAGAUUUUGCGUCGGUUCCCCCGUCUGCGUGAUCAACCAAAACCGAACCCCAACUACACCCCGUUAAACGCGCAGUCCGAAGCGGCUGUGCCACACCCCUUCCGGAUGGCGAAGUUUAUGGUCCCACUUUCGCUGGUGAAGGAACGCUCGCUGGCAUUCAUGGGUAUCACCAUGACCAUCAACACAACCCUAAUUGCUCAGACCCAGGCACUGUGGAUCUCAGCUUAUUUCAAAGGCGAUUUGACCCCAGCUACACGCGAAAGAUGCCCACUCGCUGUACGUGGUGCGUGUGACUUCAAGACAGAAGACGUUUCAGAAAUCGACCUUGCCUGGGAGACAGCUCUGUUUACUGAAUUUGGCAAAUAUCGCUACCCUGGAGGAUUCGGGCGGCGAAACCCCGACUUCGUGUUUGACGCGAUCCCAUAUGUUGAUUUGAUGCUGGGAGAACUAGGUCUGUCACCACAGCGUAAGAACGGCUUGCUGGCCCGAUGCUUCCAGCCAUAUGGUGUUGAGGAUUACCGGGGUCUGGUCGAAGAGUGGAAAUCUAAGCAAACUACCCAGUAA